UUAAACAGUAGUGUGAGCUGAGCGGAAAAAAAAUCAAAGAAAACGAGAGCGGCAACAGCAAGAGCAGAGUAGUAGAAGAGAACAGAAAAGGGGUUUUACUUUCGCUUCAAAUUCGGCUGUUCGGCGGAGAUUUUUACUUGAAUUCAUGCAUCUUCCGUCGAUUCUAUACAAAUCGAAGAUCGAUAAUCGAUUCGAGUUGCAAAGAAUCGUGGUGGCCGAAAUCUCGUCUUGAAUCGAGCAUUUUCUUCUCUCAUUCCAUGCAUAUUCCAUUCCGAUUCCUCUUCUAUCCUUUACUGAGAAUCUCCUUUUCGUUUCCGGAGCCCUAGAAAAAAAAUCCCCGCGAAUAUACCUGAAAAGACUAAGAUCUGUCGUAGGGAUGGAUGAGGCUGGGACGAAUAAAGAGCUAUCGAUCUUGAGAAAUCUUGGCAUCGAGCUUGGAUUAUCGAAAAUGCGAGCGUAGGACGCAUUUUUCAGUCCUGGUAAUAGAUUUGGAAGGUAUCGGAGAAUCGCCGAGUCGAAUCGUCCGGUUCGUCCGUGUCAGAGAAAAGCUUCAAAUAUCGAGAAAACUCUGGUGUGAAAACCUCCUCUCCUUUGCUUUUCCUUUUCUCGCUUUAUUUUUUUCCAUCCGUAUCGCUUUGGAGAUCGGGAAAUAGCAGCUGCGGAUGCUUUUCGGCUUUGUUUUGGGGUUAAAGGAGGAAAAGAGACACCGAUUCUGCUCUUUCGGGCCUGUGAUCCUGCAUCUCCAGUAGAAAAAAAGCAAGGAUAAAAAAACUUCAAAUCUUCAAAUUUCGUGAUAAAAAUCUCAUUCAUCUUUUGUUUCUCAGCUCAAGAGUAGGAGAGAACGAGUUGGAAUUUCGGAACUCUUUUUUCCCCAAAGGAAUUAAAAUUGAAGAGUUGUUUGAUAGGAAUAUCAGUGAAUAUUGCAAUCUUCAAUGCUGCCUUUAAUUUCUGAUAGAGAAAAUCGCAGUCCCCGUGUUUCUAUCCUCUUGUCUGAAGCCUGCGGUUUCGUUUCCUGGGUUGAGAGAGCUUUUAUAUCGAUUUCAAUGGAGGCAAGUCAUGAAUUCGAGCUGUUGCAAGUUGAAAUUUGAAUCUUUGAAGAGCAGAGGUGAAAGUUGGUGGUUUUUUAUUCUGAUAUUUGAGCUUCUUCAAUAGGGACGGAAUGAUGGCUGUAACUCCGUGUAAGGAACUGAAAGCGGGAAUGGACCCUGGGAAAUAUGUCCGAUAUACCCCUGAACAGGUCGAGGCCCUUGAGAGGCUCUAUCACGAAUGCCCGAAACCGAGCUCGAUCCGCCGACAGCAGCUGAUCAGAGAGUGCCCUAUUCUCUCCAAUAUAGAGCCAAAGCAGAUAAAAGUCUGGUUUCAGAACCGAAGAUGCAGAGAGAAGCAGCGAAAAGAGGCAUCACGCCUCCAGGCUGUAAAUAGGAAGCUGACUGCAAUGAACAAGCUUUUAAUGGAGGAGAAUGAUCGGUUGCAAAAGCAGGUGUCACAGCUGGUAUACGAGAAUGGCUAUUUUCGCCAACAGACUCAGAAUACUACGCUGGCUACUACUGACACCAGCUGCGAGUCGGUGGUGACGAGCACUCAGCACCAUUUGACGCCGCAGCAUCCGCCAAGGGAUGCUAGUCCUGCAGGACUUUUGUCCAUUGCGGAGGAAACUUUAACAGAGUUUCUAUCAAAGGCGACUGGAACUGCUGUGGAGUGGGUCCAAAUGCCUGGGAUGAAGCCUGGUCCGGAUUCCAUUGGAAUCGUUGCUAUUUCACAUGGUUGCACUGGAGUGGCAGCACGUGCUUGUGGCCUAGUAGGUCUGGAGCCUACAAGGGUUGCAGAAAUCCUCAAAGAUCGCCCAUCAUGGUUUCGAGAUUGCCGAUCUGUGGAUGUUAUAAACGUGCUGCCCACCAGCAAUGGUGGAACCAUUGAGCUGCUCUAUAUGCAGCUCUAUGCCCCGACAACGUUGGCACCAGCGCGCGACUUCUGGUUGCUGCGCUACACUUCGGUUUUGGAAGAUGGCAGCCUUGUGGUCUGUGAGAGAUCUCUUAGCAGCACUCAGGGUGGUCCAAGCAUGCAACCUGUGCAUCCUUUUGUGAGAGCAGAAAUGCUGCCGAGUGGGUACCUCAUAAGGCCUUGUGAAGGAGGCGGGUCAAUGAUACACAUUGUCGAUCAUAUGGAUUUGGAGCCAUGGAGUGUACCUGAAGUGUUACGCCCACUUUAUGAAUCAUCUACGGUGCUUGCUCAGAAGAUGACAAUGGCGGCUUUACGCCAGCUUAGGCAAAUCUCACAAGAGGUUUCUCCUUCCACUGUCACCAGCUGGGGCAGGCGACCUGCAGCUCUGAGAGCACUUAGUCAGAGGCUGAGCAGGGGCUUCAAUGAAGCACAUAAUGGGUUUACUGAUGAGGGAUGGUCGAUGAUGGGAACCGAUGGAAUGGAUGAUGUCACCAUCCUUGUGAACUCCUCUUCUCCUGCCAAGAUGAUGGGUGUAAAUGUUGGCUUCGCAAAUGGAUUUCCAGCCAUGAGUAAUGCUGUCCUGUGCGCCAAGGCAUCAAUGCUUUUGCAGAAUGUACCCCCUGCUGUGCUCCUCCGAUUUUUGCGGGAGCACCGAUCUGAAUGGGCUGAUAACAACAUUGAUGUUUACUCGGCUGCGGCUGUUAAAGCUGGCCCCUGUGGUUUAGUCGGGUCUCGAGUUGGUGGUUUUGGAGGCCAGGUUAUCCUUCCACUGGCUCACACGAUUGAGCAUGAAGAGGUACUGGAGGUCAUUAAGUUGGAAAAUGUUGUACAUAGCCAGGAGGAAGCCAUAAUGCCUCGAGACAUUUUUCUCCUGCAACUGUGCAGCGGGAUGGAUGAGAAUGCUGUUGGCACCUGUGCCGAACUUGUCUUUGCACCCAUAGAUGCAUCUUUUGCUGAUGAUGCGCCACUGCUACCUUCUGGUUUCCGCAUCAUCCCUCUUGACUCUGGUGUGGAUUCCUCCAGUCCAAAUCGCACAUUGGAUCUCGCUUCUGCUCUGGAGGUUGGACCUGCUGGAAAUAGAGUAUCUGGUGAUUAUUCUGGCAAUUCUGGCGGCAUGAGAUCUGUGAUGACAAUAGCAUUUCAAUUUGCAUUUGAGAACCAUCUGCAAGAAAAUGUGGCAGCCAUGGCUCGGCAAUAUGUUCGUAGCAUCAUAUCAUCUGUUCAAAGGGUUGCACUGGCACUAUCACCCUCUCGCCUGGGCUCUCAUGGCAGUCUCCGUCCACCACCGGGAACACCUGAAGCACUCACACUUGCUCGUUGGAUCUGUCGGAGCUACAGGUGCCAUCUGGGAGUGGAACUACUCAAGCCUGGUAGAGAUGGGAGUGAAUCUGUUCUAAAAGAACUUUGGCAUCACUCAGAUGCAAUCAUGUGCUGCUCUUUGAAGGCAUUGCCCGUUUUCAUAUUUGCAAAUCAGGCGGGUCUUGACAUGCUUGAGACGACCUUGGUUGCCCUGCAAGACAUAACCCUCGAUAAGAUAUUUGACGACCAUGGACGAAAAGCUCUCUACACUGAGUUCCCGCAGAUAAUGCAGCAGGGUUUCACAUGUCUUCAAGGAGGAAUCUGUGUAUCAAGCAUGGGAAGGCCUAUCUCAUAUGAGAGAGCUGUGGCUUGGAAAGUGUUGAACGAGGAAGACAAUGCCCACUGCAUUGCUUUCAUGUUCGUCAACUGGUCUUUUGUCUGAGACGCACCUACCCUGAAACAGAGACAAGUAAAACAAAAUUUCUAAAACCUUUCACUUUCUCUUAUGCUUUUGAAAAUGGGAACCCCUUGAAAUGCCUUCUUCUACUUUUGAUGCCUGCACUGGAUUUCUUUGGGUUGAAAUACAAGGUUGCUUUCAUUCUGAAA